GAUCGGCAAAACCCAGAAAUCGACAUCAUUCACCAUCAAUUUCUCAAUCUUAGAAUAGGUUUUAUCAAAUCUCUUCACUCGAAUUUGUUUUUCUUUUUUUUUCGAAAACCAUGGCUGCUUCUAGAUUGUGUUCCGCGGCGGCGAUAGCUGCUGCGUUCACUUCAAUGUCAUUGAGCCAGAACCGUGCAUACGCCGAUUCUCGAUUCCGGGUUCCCUUCUACUCUUCUUCUCCUCCUACUCCGUCAGAUUCUCCGGCGAAUCAAUCUUCGCCGAACUCUAACAAGUCGGAGUCCAAACCAGAGCGCGAUGAGCGGAAAGGGUCGGGAUUUGAUCCUGAGUCACUUGAGAGAGCUGCGAAAGCUCUUAGAGAGAUCAAUAGCUCUCCCCAUUCCAAACAGGUGUUUGAUCUUAUGAGGAAGCAGGAGAAAACUCGAUUAGCUGAAUUAGCAGCAGAGAAAUCUCAGAACGAGGCUGUUCAAGCACACAAUGAUAUUGACAGACAGCAGAAAUUGGCUGAGGCGCAGAGAAAUCUUUUGCAGACACAAGCGCAAACCAAAGCUCAAAAUCUUCGAUAUGAGGAUGAGUUGGCCAGAAAGAGACAGCAGACAGAUCAUGAAGCUCAGAGAUAUCAUAAUGUUGAACUGGUUAAGAUGCAAGAGGAGUCUUCUAUUAGGAAAGAGAGAGCGAGAAUUUCCACAGAAGAACAGAUCCAAGCUCAGCAACGGCAAACUGAGAAAGAGAGAGCUGAACUCGAGAGAGAGACGAUUCGCGUCAAAGCCAUGGCUGAAGCUGAAGGUCGGGCUCAUGAAGCCAAACUUACUGAGGAGCAAAACAGAAGAUUACUUAUGGAGAGGAUAAAUGGUGAAAGGGAGAAGUGGCUUGCUGCAAUCAACACAAUGUUUGGUCACAUCGAAGGAGGAUUCAGGACUCUAUUAACCGAUCGGAAUAGGCUGAUUAUGACUGUUGGAGGGGCAACAGCAUUAACUGCAGGAGUUUACACAACUCGUGAAGGAGCUAGAGUUACAUGGGGAUAUAUCAAUAGGAUGCUUGGCCAACCUUCACUUAUCCGAGAAUCUUCCAUGGGUAGAUUUCCAUUGGCAGGCUCAAUGUCUCAAUUGAAGAACAGAAUCUCAGGGGCAGCAGCUAGAUCUGCAGCAGAGAAGCCGCUUGAUAAUGUAAUUCUCCAUCCUUCUUUGAAGAAGCGAAUCGAACAUCUCGCUAGAGCUACGACGAAUACUAAAUCCCAUCAAGCACCAUUCCGCAACAUGAUGUUUUAUGGACCUCCUGGUACCGGUAAAACCAUGGUGGCAAGGGAAAUAGCUCGGAAAUCGGGUUUGGAUUAUGCUAUGAUGACAGGAGGAGAUGUUGCUCCCUUGGGAUCACAAGCUGUUACUAAAAUCCAUCAAAUAUUCGAUUGGGCUAAGAAAUCGAACAAAGGUCUACUUCUUUUUAUAGAUGAAGCGGAUGCUUUUCUAUGCGAGCGUAACAGCACAUACAUGAGCGAGGCUCAGCGUAGUGCUCUGAACGCGUUGCUCUUUCGAACUGGUGAUCAAUCCCGAGACAUUGUUCUUGUCUUAGCUACAAACAGACCUGGAGAUCUCGAUAGUGCGGUUACAGACAGGAUCGAUGAAGUCAUUGAGUUCCCACUUCCAGGUGAAGAAGAACGUUUCAAGCUUCUCAAUCUCUAUCUCAACAAGUACUUAAAGAAGGGUGAAGACAACAAGGAAACAAAACCCAAAUGGAGUCAUUUGUUUAAGAAGCUGUCACAGAAGAUUACCGUUGAGGCAGACCUAACUGAUAAAGUGAUUGCUGAGGCUGCGAAGAAGACGGAAGGAUUCUCUGGCCGUGAGAUCGCAAAGCUUGUGGCUGGAGUACAAGCUGGAGUGUACGGACGUGAGGAUUGCGUAUUGGAUUCGCAGCUUUUUAAAGAGAUUGUUGAGUAUAAAGUUGAUGAACAUCACCAGAGGAUUAGGCUUGCUUCUGAAGGUUGUCAACCAUUACUCUUCUCUUAGUCAUUCUCUUGAUGAUUACAUAUGUUAUUUACUAAUUCAAAAUGAAGAAAUCUGAAUAUAUAUUUUUUAU